UGUGUGUGGGUGUGUGUGUCAGAAAGGUCUAGCCAGGGGGCACGAUGACAAACACGGGUUGUUAAAGACAAGUGUGUAAAGAAAAUCACUACACCAAUCCCAUCACUCGGAAUUGGGACUUAAAUAUUUCAACAGGUGAUGUCAGCGCAGUAUAUAAAGUGGAGGUCCGGGCGAGUGUUCCAUAGAAUAUCGAGAAGCACAGAAACUCCCGUCGAACGUUCUCGUUUGCAAGUGAACUACACGACGUCCUCCAGCACCAUGGUCAGCAGCCGUUUACUCCUGCUCUGCAUCACCUGCUCGGUCCUGUUUGUGCUGGUCUACUGCGAGGAGCCUCUGGAAGUCCGGUCCAUAGACAACUCUAACAAAAGCCAAGAAGAGAAAGAACUGAUUGAAGCGCUGCAAGAAGUUCUGGAAAAGCUGAAGAGCAAGAGACUGCCGUCUGCUGAGAAGAAGCUGGGCUGGGUCUCGUCGUGUGAUGCCGGAGAGCAGUGCGCAGUUCGGAAGGGCUCCAGGAUCGGAAAAAUGUGCAACUGCCCGAGAGGGACAUCUUGCAACUUCUACAUCCUCAAGUGUUUGUAGAGCGAUGGAUUGGACGGGAGAGUGUGUGCGAAAGAGAGAGAGAGAGAGAGAGAGAGAGAGAGAGAGAGAGAGAGAGAGAGAGAGAGAGGGGCUAACACAGAGACAGUGGAAACACCUCUGGCUCGCCUCUCAUCCUCACAGAGAGCGCCAGGAACACUGUCGUUGAUCCCCACCCAAAGGCACUUUUUGUUAUAGUUAUUCUGUACAAAAACAAAUAAAUUUAAAAAAAUAAAUUGAAACGCCCGCCUCCUGCCUGUGCUGUCUCACAGGGCAAUGCUGUAUAAUAAGUAUCUGCUUCUGCAUAAAUGAAGCGUAACCACUCCCAUUGUGAUAGUAUAGAUUAGGGGUCCAUACGAGGACUCCGAUAUUACUCGGUGUGUCCGAUAUACAAAACAAACAGCAAUGAAGGGGUUACGUUGCAUGUUAGUGUUCAGCGAUUUUCACAUCGAUUAAAAAAAAAUAAUAAUAAUAAUACAAUUGUAUUUAUCUAUUUGUUUAUACUUAUUUCUUGUAUUGUUAUUGGGCACAACAGUCGAGUGAAGUCCUUGUGAUUGGCAAAAUACUUCGAACUGUAACAAGAGGGUUAGUGCACAGUGUUUUCAGUCAUGAAUACAUACUUAUUUAAACCACCGUGUAAAUCAAAUUGUUAAGUUGUACUGCAUGUGCAAUUUGGUUUUGAACGUCUGCUUUGCAAAUCGAUCAAAUUCAAUUUCUAUACCCGCCCCAUGCAGACCUACCAAUACAAAACAGCGCGGCCAAUCGGUCACGUGAAUAUUGACGUGACACUCAAAGAAUUCCUUUUGAAAGCAGCUCUGUGAUGAAACACGUCUGGUGGUGGGUGAGCUGGGAUAUAACGCUUUGGGGAAUAUAUAGGAUACUGUAAAUCACAUUAACCAGUAACACAUCAGAAAUCAAUUAGAGCAUUUGUCAAAUAAAUGUAGUUGCAGACCCUGUGCAAAUAAUAGAAUCUAUACUGUGUGCGUGCGUGUGUGACUGAUC